CUUACGGAGAUCGUUGAUGUGUGGAUGCGGGACGUUGUGGAGGUGAUCAGAGAGCUUGUUGCGAACUCCGAGUUCAGCAGCUACUGUUCUUGGGCGCCGUAUCAGGAGGUCGAGGUUGAUGAGCAAGGAGUCGAGACCGGAGAACGCUUCUUCGAAGACAUGCCGUCAGCGGAAUGGUGGUGGGAGAUCCAGCGACAGCAACACCUCCCAGAGAAGGCUACUGUCGCCCCUGUCAUUUUGGCGUCCGACAAGACGCAGCUAACACCCUUCAGCGGGGAUAAACAAGCGUGGCCAGUCUACCUCACCAUCGGCAAUAUCGACCAGUCGGUUCGUCAAUCACCUUCGAAGCGGGCAAUGGUACUGCUCGGCUACCUGCCGGCAACCAAGCUACAGUGCUUCCCGAAGGCACAGCGUUCCCUGGAGGGUUAUCGCCUCUUCCACUACGCAAUGAGCUUGAUGCUCGACCCGCUGAUCGUGGCCGGGACCCGCGGCGAGAAGAUGCCUUGCUCGGAUGGCUGGGUCCGCGAGAUCUACCCCAUUCUCGCAGGGUACAUGGCCGACUACCCUGAACAAUGCCUUGUAGCGUGCUGUAAGGAGAAUCGAUGCCCUACCUGUCUCGUCAUGCCGAACGACCGGGGCGAGCUGGUCACUACGUGCUAUCGCGAUCCAGUGUCAACACUCGCGGCCCUUCAAAACCCUUCAAAUGACCGGGAUUCCCCUUACAUGCAGCAGGGGCUUCGCAACGUCCCAGAACCCUUCUGGGCGAAGCUCCCUCAUGCGAAUAUCUUCGGUUGUAUCACGCCGGACAUGCUCCAUCAGUUGCAUAAGGGUGUGUUCAAGGACCACUUCUUCAAAUGGUCGACGACAGGUGUCGAGUCGGAGAUCGAUGCUCGUUUCAUGCGCUAUCCGCCGUACAACAAUCUGCGUGUAUUCAUCAAAGAGCUCUCGGCCAUUUCGCAAUGGACAGGGAACGAGUACCGUCAAAUGGAGAAGACGUUCGUUGGAAUCCUUGCUGGAUGUCCCCAAGUCCCACGCCGUGUCGUUGCUGCCAUCCGAUCCCUCAUGGACUUCAUAUACCUCGCCCACUAUCCCAUCCAUUCGACUUCUUCGCUCGGGAACAUGCGCCGCGCACUUGAAGACCUGCAUCGACACAAGCAAGUCUUUGUGGAGCUUGGAUUACGAAUGGAUUUCAACAUACCUAAGGUCCACUGGCUCGAACACUAUGUCGUGAGCAUCAUCCGCGUCGGUUCAUGUGCCGGAUUCAGCACCGACAUUUCUGAACGUCUGCACAUCGAGUUUGCAAAGCUCGGUUAUCGUGCAAGCAGCCGCAAACAGUACGUCAAACAGAUGAUUGUUUGGCUUACCAGACGCGAAAAAAUGCGACGGCUCCAGUCGUACAUGCGGUGGGUCGAGCGCAAGACCGAGGAGCAAAUCGUGGCAGAGAUGAUUCAGGCUGCAGAGGGCGAUCAUGAUGCCGCCAAUCCAGACGACUCAGACGCAGAUGUUGACUCAUCUGAGUCGGAUGGGACAGCGGGCUCGGAUGACGAGGCAGGCGAGACGGAAGAAGCGAUGGAUCUUGUCGAGGAUACCUUGGUUAACACGCCGUUCGGGGCAUAUAGAAUCAGCAGGCUCCCAGGUGUAGGCGUCUUCUCGGGGCGUGACAUUGUACGCGCACUAGGCGCUGAGUCAUUCGAGGACGCAUUAUUGGCCUUCCUACGCAGACAACCCCUCUAUUCUCCAACCACGCCGCUGCAUCUACUCGACUAUCACUACCCGCUGUACAAGGAGUUUACUCGCACCCUCCCUUCUCUCCGUGAAAUCAAGAACGAUGAUUUCCGCGACCGUGUUCGGGCAAUUCCGCGGACAGCGCAGCUUCCUGCACGGUAUGACACCGUAUUGUACCUCGAGGAUGCAGACAUAGCAGCAAACAUCGGCGUGAAAGGCUACCGUAUUGGCCAGGUUCGAGCGAUCUUCGCUCUGCCACCUCAUCUUCAGCGGAUGCGGCUUAAUGCAACCCGUGCUGAUACCCACCUCGCAUAUGUCGAGCUUUUCACUCCAUUCCUCGACGAGCCAGAACGAUGGAGCAAGCUUUAUCAGGUCUCACGGUCAGUCCUUCGUGGACGCCGUCUUGCAACUGUGCUCCCACUGCAGCAAAUCUUUCGGAGCUGCCAUCUGCUACCGGAUCCCAAGGCGGAGGUGAUAGAGAGGGAUUGGACUUCGGAUACGGUAUUAGAGCUAUGUGAGGACUUUUUUCUCAACGAGUUUUGUGAUCACCACAUGUACGCCUUUGUCCAAUAAAUACCAUUAUAUCCGCCCU